AUGAACCUUCUGGCGCCCGUGCGGAGGGACCGCGUCCUGGCGGAGCUGCCCCAGUACCUGAGGAAGGAGGCCGCUCUGCACGCGCGCAGAGACUUCCACCCCCGGGUCACCUGCGCCUGCCAGGAGCACCGGACCGGCACCGUGGGCAGGUUUAAGAUCUCCAAGGUCAUUGUGGUGGGGGACCUAUCGGUGGGGAAGACUUGUCUCAUUAACAGGUUCUGCAAAGACACCUUUGAUAAGAACUACAAGGCCACCAUUGGAGUGGACUUUGAGAUGGAACGAUUUGAGGUGUUGGGCAUCCCCUUCAGUCUACAGCUCUGGGAUACCGCUGGACAGGAGAGAUUCAAAUGCAUUGCAUCAACCUACUACCGAGGGGCUCAAGCCAUCAUCAUUGUCUUCAACCUGAAUGAUGUGGCCUCCCUGGAACAUACCAAGCAGUGGCUGGCCGACGCACUCAAGGAGAACGACCCUUCCAGCGUGCUUCUCUUCCUUGUGGGUUCCAAGAAGGACCUGAGUACGCCCGCUCAGUACGUGCUGAUGGAGAGAGACGCGCUCAAGAUGGCCCAAGAGAUGAAGGCUGAGUACUGGGCAGUCUCGUCGCUCACGGGUGAAAAUGUCCGGGAAUUCUUUUUCCGCGUGGCGGCACUGACCUUCGAGGCCAACGUGCUGGCUGAGCUGGAGAGAUCAGGGGCCCGGCGCAUUGGGGAUGUCGUCCGCAUCAACAGUGAUGAUAACAACCUCUACCUGACUGCCAGCAGGAAGAAGCCCCCAUGUUGCUUGUGA